AUGCCUCCCUCGCGCGCAGCACCGCUGACGAGCUCCUUCUCCGUCAGCGACGAGAACAAUGUCGUUGUCUGCCCGCUGCGCAACCAUGACAGCUCCGCCUGUCGCAAGCGCUGCACUGGCGAGAAGCGCUUUCGGUCCAUGCAAGAGCACAUCCGCCGUGCCCACCCGGAGCAUUAUAUCUCCAAGUUACCGGCAACCGAGGAGAGCUUCAUGUUGAUGGUGAACACACCACCACAAGAACGACCCCCACCACCACCCGCAACGACCUCAGCAGCACCCCAGCAGACGUACGAUUAUGGCGGAAACGAACAUAACUCCUUCUUCGAGACCGACUUCGGUACCAAUAACAUUCGCACAUCGGAUGAGAUGCGACGGCCAUCGCUCCUACCCGCUGCAACCGCUGCAGCUGCCCUGGCCUCGUUACACAACCAUCGUGCCGAGUACGACUGGGACUCAGAUCCGGACGCAGCAUCCGACCCGGACUCGAAGAACUACAGACCUCGCGCACGAUUCGCUCCUACCACCAUAGAGCAACAUGUCAAUGCCGAGGAACCUUACUAUACGUCCAAUUCUAUACAACAAGAGUUGCUUCCUUCCUCUCUCGCACGCUCGCCCCCCGGGCGCUCCUCAACACUGCCACCAGGCGUUCACUCUCUCAAACCGAACAGACCUCGCAAGUCAUCUAUAGGUCAGAAUGCUCGUAGGGGAAAGCAUGAGCGGCAGAAGUCAAAGGACUACUCCCGCAGGCUAAGCUACGACAGGAAAGCUUACUCAGCCGAGCCGGCAACAGCUGCGGCCAUCAUGGGUAAACGAUGGGAAGACUUGAUUGACGCUGCAGCUUCGGCCACAGAAGAGGAUAGUCGAGAUCUUACACCGGUCCCACAAUCGCCAAAUCAAUCUCCUCACAUGAUGAACAACCGAACCUCUCUACCUCCCUUCAACUUUGCUUCACAACUUCAGUCAUACACCGCAUCACCAUUGAACAACGCCUUGACGCCUCCGCCGCCUGAUAUGUCGGAUCUCCAGCCUUUCCCUUCCGUGGAGUCAUCCAUUGAAUCAGCCAUGUCCGGUCAAACUUUCCAUAUGCCCUCCCAGGGGCUAUCUGAUUCUUCUCCUAGCUCUCUUUUCCCUGUGCAAAUAUACUGCGCUGCAUGUCGGAAACUUUCCAUAUUGCGCGACAGUUAUGCAUGUUCCGAAUGCAUUUGCGGCCUUUGUCAAGAGUGUGUCGAUGUACUUGUCAGUGAGCACAACCGCGGUCGGGUGCCGACGUGUCCGCGAUGCAGCACUAUUGGAGCCAAGUUUAAACCCUUCCAGCUCGAUAUAAGAUGA